AUGACGCCGCUGCCGCCAGAGGACGCGGUGCGGCCGGCCAGAGGCGAAGAGGUGGAGGUGAACUACGUAGGCAGGCUUGAGGACGGCUCCGUCUUCGAUUCGACCGAGCAGCGCGGCCCGUUUCGGUUCACCCUCGGCCGCGGCCAGGUGAUCAAGGGCUGGGACGAGGGCGUCGCGAGCAUGCGCGCAGGCGGGAGGAGGGAGCUCAUCAUACCGCCACACCUUGGCUACGGGCCGCGAGCGAUGGGGCCAAUCCCGCCGAACUCCACCCUCUUCUUCGAGGUUGAGCUUCUCCGCGUCGUCCCUCCUAAUGGCGGCCUUCUCGGCCGGCUCGCCACGCUCGCCAAGGCACUGCCCUUCCUAAAGUGA